UCCACUCAGCGCACAGUCUGUAGGCUGUGGUCGUGUUGGUGGACCGAGAAUAACAGCCCCUCGUCUGUGUCAAUGAAUAAAUCCAGACAGCAAACCCGGGCUGAAGUCAUCCAAAAGAGCGCACAGUGUGUGUGAUCGGCGGACCUGUCAGUGCUUCAGUCCGUCAGAGGGAAAGUGCUGAUUCCAAGGCUCGAAAAGCGCUAAACGGGAAGAAGACAUCAUGAAUGGGAUGAGAGAUUAUUUUCCUGUCCUGCUUGUUCUGGUGGCUCUGAUGACAGACACGGGCGCCGGAGCUUUUGCCUCUGAGGGUAGUCUCUCUAUCACCCCUGGGGGCACACAGGAAAGCAGAGCCAACCUUUACCCUACCACCCAGGACACAGACAGGAGGUUCCCUGCGGUCACCACAGCCCCUCCAAUCAACAUCCUGAGUCACCACCCAUUCUACAAGACCCCCCCCGAACACCAGGUCCAACUUGGCCCUCACGGUCAGCCAAACUACCUUGAAGACAGCGGAGGAUCAAGCUCUCAGCACACCUUUUCCACCUCGCCACCCAGAACACCGCUGGAUAACAGUGAUAAAAGGACUUCAGAUGAGAGUGCUGAAAGCUCCAACAUGCAAACAAGCCUUUCCAUACACACAUUAGCAACCACUUCUCACUCCAGCAUCCCUCUUCCAGUUACCAGCAGGGUUUUGAAAGAUCCAGAACAGUCUGUUGUUAUCACCUCCACUGCUACUGCUGCACGGAAAAAUGUUGCAGGGCCAGGCAAUGAUGAAGAGGAGACCACCACCACCACUAUCACCACCACCACCAUCAUCACCACCAUGCAGAGUCCAGUUCCCUGCCUGCUGAACCUGACUGGACCUGAAGGAUACAUCGAGGCGCCACCACAUUCCAGCUCUGCUUUUCACUCUACUACUGACUGCAGCUAUAUCAUCACCGUCUACAUGGGCUAUGGAGUGGAGGUCCAGGUGAUGAAUGUGAAUCUAUCUGAAGGAGACAAGGUGGUCUUUGAAGAUGUGGUCCACAGCGAGAACACAAUGCUGGCCAAUGAGUCUAUACUAAUGAGGGGGUUGGUAGUACGAAGUCACAGCAAUCAGAUCUCUAUCCACUUCCACAGCGUAAAGCCUCAGGCUGGUUCAGUCCUGCUCAGGUACCAAGCCUUUGUGUUGAGCUGUCUUUUCCCCCAGCGACCUCUCUAUGGUGAUGUAUCAGUGAGCAGUCUCCACUCUGGAGGGCAGGCUUUCUUCUCCUGUCUGACGGGCUACCAGCUGCAAGGUCCCCCUGUGUUGACCUGCCACAAUUCUAGCACACCCUACUGGAAUGGCAAGGAACCACAUUGCCUAGCUGCCUGUGGAGGUUUGAUUAGGAACAUCACAGUUGGUCGGAUUGUCUCUCCUGGUUUUCCAAGUAACUACAGCAACAACCUGACCUGCCACUGGCUACUGGAGGCCCCAGAGGGACAGAGACUCCACAUCCACUUUGAGAAGGUAGCGCUGGCGGAGGAUGAUGAUAGGCUGCUGAUCAAGAAUGGCAACAGCAUAAAUGCACCUACUCUGUAUGAUUCCUAUGAGGUGGAGUAUUUGCCUAACGAAGGGCUCCUCAGCACAUCUAGGCAUCUCUUCAUUGAGCUCACUACAGAUGCCACAGGAACGUCCACAGGCAUAGCCAUCAGGUACCAAGCUUUUGCAGCCGGUCACUGCUACGAGCCCUUUGUGAAGUAUGGGAACAUGACCAGCAGUGACAACACCUGGGCAGUAGGAGCUGUGGUGGAGUUUGCCUGUGACCCUGGGUAUACUCUGGAACAGGGAUCUGUCACCAUUGAAUGCAUGGACCACAACAAUCCACAGUGGAAUGAGACGGAGCCUGCUUGUAGAGCUGUGUGCAGUGGUGAGAUCACAGACUCGGCUGGUGUGGUGCUCUCACCCAACUGGCCUGAAGCCUAUGAUAAAGGCCAGGACUGUAUCUGGGGAAUCCACGUGGAGGAGGACAAGAGGAUCAUGCUAGACAUUAAAGUGUUGAAUAUCGGGAAGAAUGACCUGCUGACCUUUUAUGAUGGAGAUGACCUUAUAGCCAAAGUGUUGGGUCAGUAUGGAGGAUCAAAGUCCCGCUUUAAGCUCUACACCUCCACUGCAGAUGUCACCAUCCAGUUUCAGUCUGACCCCGCCACCAACAUCUAUGGCUAUGGCAAUGGUUUUGUGGUCCACUUCUUUGAAGUAGCUCGUAAUGACACUUGCCCUGAGCUCCCUGAGAUCGCUAAUGGCUGGAAGAGUACAUCUCACCCUGAGCUGGUUCAGGGCACCGUGGUGACUUAUCAGUGUUACCCUGGUUAUCAGGUGAUAGGCGCCGAGCUGCUCGUGUGCCAGUGGGACCUCACCUGGAGCAGUGACCUCCCGAGCUGUGAGAAAGUGGUGUCUUGUGCUGACCCUGGAAAGGUGGAGCACAGCAGGCGGGUGCUGUCGGGUACCUAUUUCACCGUGGGUUCAACCGUCCAGUAUAUUUGUGACAAGAGCUUCACUCUGUCUGGAAACAGCCUGCUUACCUGCUUCAACCGGGGAUCCUUGGGCCCCAGGUGGAGCCAGAAGCUGCCUAGAUGCCUGCCUGAGACCUUUGAACCCUGCAAUCAUCCAGGAACCCCUACCUAUGGUAUCCCCAGCUCCAACAAGCUCCACUUCCAGGUUGGAGAGACCCUGCACUAUUCCUGCCAGACUGGCCAUCAGCUGUUGGGUGAACCUGUUCUCCACUGUGUCCCUGGGCACCCAUCCCAGUGGAGUGGGCUACCACCUGUCUGCAAAGCCCACCCAGCAGAGUAUGAUAAGCACAGAGUAGGCGUAUCUACUGCAGACGUAAGGAUGGAAGGAGCCCAAGUAGCAUUGGCGGUCUUCAUCUCCAUCAUCUUCUUCCUCAUCCUCAUCAUUGGGAUCUAUCUUUACUUCUCAAAGAUCCAGAGGAAGCCACUAAGACUGUCCCUAUCCUCGAACUUACCAUAUGAAAAUAUCACUGGAGAAUCUACACUUGACAGUUCAGUUUAUGAGACAAUGGAAACCAGAGAAUACGAGGUUUCUAUCUGAAGAUCCCAAUGUAUGUGUGUAUUUAAGAACGGACAGAUAAAAAGCCUACUGGCCUUUUCAGCAUCCCCCGCACUCAUUCCUUUGAUGACUCCUUCAGCACCUCCACCCUGGUUUCUGUACACUGAAUAUGAGCCGUCCUUUAUUUACCUGACAGAGGACACCACAGCAUCCGUGGAAAAGCUGAGCCACCAGAAUAUUUUUCUAGCUCUUCAACAGUUACAGUCCAGGAGCAGAUUGUACAGUUUUUAAUCCUGUGCUUGCAUCUUGAGAACUUUCAGUGCAAAGUACCACCUCAGAAAGCAGAGGAGUCAAUGCAAAGCAGUGCCAUUAAGUGCAUAUAACCACAGAUGUUAGGCUGUGUUUUGUACAUUACACACUGUCGUCUGCCACCAUUAAAGGAACAAUGCUUAUGGAUUGCUGGGAUGCAUAUUAAAAUUUUACAAUUUAACAUUAGAAAAAAGCAACAGUAUUCACAUUUAUCUGAUUAUGCCCAAGACGGUUGUUGCUUGAAUCUGUUCCUUGAGAAAAAAAAUCAGGAUAUGUCUUAAAUAAAAGGCCUUGGAAGGAAUACUUGCUCAUUCUCAUACUUGUAUGUUCAGCACAGUGGUGGAGUUAAGACAUAGUUAGCUUAGAUUAGCAUAAAAACUGAAAGCAGGGAGAAACAGCUAGAUUUAAAAAAAAAUAAACCUUCAGCUCCAAAGUUCCAUUAAAAACAAACUGCAUCUGCUGUUAAC